UGACCGCGCCUUGGGAGGCCCCACGACGACGAGCUGCUCUCGCCUUUUCUCCUAGCGACCCAUAAUGUCGGCGCUGUUCCACUCGCCCCUCGCGCUCCGGCUCGGCUUCGCUUUCACCGCGUUCACCACCGUCUGCCUGCUGUACACGACGCUCCGCGCAACCUACGGCGGGGCGUUCUACCCGGCCCCACGCAGCGGCGCGACCGUGCAUGUCGUCAUGUUCCAGUACGCACCCGACGUGUCCGCCGCGACGCGGCAGCACGUCGCGGCCGCGUUCCUCGCGCUCCAGGACGCGUGCCGCCUCCCUGGCUCCGGUGCGCGGUACAUCCAGUCCAUCGACGGCGGGCUCAACACCUCGCCCGAGGGACACACGAAGGGCAUGGAGCACGCGUACGUGCUCACCUUCCGCUCCGCGCACGAGCGCGACUACUACCUCGACGCCGACCCCGCGCACCAGGCCUUCAAGGCGUCCAUCGCCGACAAGGUCUCCGACGCCGUCGUGUUCGACUUUGAGAGCGGCGACUUUGCGCGCCGCGCCCGAGCGCGCAGGCGGCGGCCGAGCGACGAGCUGCACGUGCGCACGGUCUGACGGCGGGCAGGGGAAAGAGGCGGGGCGGAUGGUGUAAAAACCGUUUUUAAAAUUAUUUUAUUUGGGGGUGUGCUGUAUCUCACUGGGUUUGAGACCG